AUGUUCCCGACGCUCAUCAGACGGCUAGCUCAGCCGGCAGGGAAUUCGGUUCCGAAGCAGGUGCCGCUGACGGCAGCGACAAAUCCGUACAAGGCGAGAAAGGUGUGGCCGCCAAACUUUACCGAGCUGAACCAUCAGCAGCAGCUUCGGUUCGAGAAAAAGUACAAGCGGCGCAUCUAUCUCGCGAGCAGGUCGCCAAGAUGGGAGAAAGGUGUCAAGUUUGCGCAGCUUGCGACCAUCACGGCUGCCAUGGUCUGGCUGCUCUUUUACUCCGAGUUUGAAUGGUGGGGGAAGCAAUACAAGCCGUCCGAAGAGAUGCGCCGACAUGCCGCCAAUCUCUUUGGCGUGCUCGACGCCGAUAAACGAUACGAAUGGAGAAAGGAUGCACCGGACGUGAAUACAAGGGGCCCGGAGUCGGAACCGAGAUCAAAAUGA